AUUAAUUCCCACAGUAAAACUUCACCAAUUUGAGACACUCUUCCCUUGCCUCUUCUUUCUUCUUCAAUCCACUAAAACCCUAGAUUUUCCUUUGCUUCCACAACCAACGUUCACCCAAAACCCUCAUCGGAACCGCUGUUCGUUUCUUUUCCGGGGUUUUGAGGUCAGUACAAUGUCGGGGGCAGGAGGAGUAUCAGUAGCGCGGAGGCGUGGAGAGAGUCGGUUCUACAAUCCUCCGCCGAUGAGGAAGCAGUUGCAGCAGCAGCAGCAGCAGCAACAGCAACAGCAACAGCAACAGCAGCAGCAGCGGGGGCGGGCCGGAGAGAAGGGGUCGAGUUCGAAGAGUUCGGUGGAGAGGAGGAUGGAUCCCGAUGAAUGCGCCACACCAUCACCGGCGUCGUUGAAUGCGAAUGUUGGAAACAAUGGUAAUUCCACGAAUUUGGAUCGGUUCUUGGAGUCUACGACUCCUGUUGUGCCUGCUCAGUACUUGCCUAAGACAAGCAUGAGAGGAUGGAAGGGCCGUGAGCAUGGGCCAGAGUCUCAGCCAUAUUUUGUGCUAGGGGAUUUAUGGGAGUCAUUUAAGGAGUGGAGUGCAUAUGGAGCUGGGGUUCCUCUUUUGUUGAAUGGGAGUGACUCUGUAAUGCAAUACUAUUGUCCAUACUUGUCUGGUAUGCAGUUGUAUUUAGACCAAUCGAGACCCACCUCGAGGCUAAGGAGGCCUGGUGAGGAGAGUGAUGAGUCAUCCAGGGAGACGAGUAGUGAUGACAGCAGUGACUUUGGAAUGGUUAGAAGAGCUAACAAUGCUGUUCAGGGAGCUUGGAACCAGCAUAAUAUUGCUGAUGUGAGUAUCCAAAGAUCAAGUAGACAGUCCUUGAAAAACAGACAAUUUGUGAGUUCAUCAAGCGAUGAAAGUGAGAUAUGUAACCCCUCAGGCGAGCUUAUCUUUGAAUACUUGGAGCAUCAGCUACCAUUUACUCGAGAACCUUUGGCUGACAAGAUUUCCAUUCUUGCAUCUCAAUUUCCAGAACUGAGGACGUACAGGAGUUGUGAUCUAUCACCUUCAAGUUGGAUUUCUGUGGCAUGGUACCCCAUAUACAGGAUACCAACUGGUCCAACACUUCAAAAUUUGGAUGCCUGUUUUUUAACUUUCCAUUAUCUGUCAACACUCUCAGAGGGUACUAAGGCAGACAGAUUGCCCAUCCACCAUGGUACUGUUAAGGAGUUUCCAGGUGCUGAGAUGUCCUUAUCACUGCCCACUUUUGGCCUUGCUUUCUAUAAGUUCAAACCUGCAGUUUGGAAUCCUGAUGGAGUUCAUGAAUGUCCAAAAGCUAAUUAUCUUUUGCAAGAAGCUGAUAACUGGCUAAGGCGUUUGCAAGUUAAUCAUCCUGAUUAUAGGUUCUUUGCUUCCAACAUCUCACGAUGGAGGUGAGGAUUAUCCCAAAACACAAGUGGACAAGCAUUUUAAUCUGAGAAAUUCCCAGCACCCUUGUGAAUGCCAGCUGUGUUGCUAUCCUUUUAGUUUGUUUCUGAGUGAUCAUUAUCCAGGCUUUCUUGGCCUUAGCUUUAGAUAUGCGAGUAACUUUCCCUGGCAUAUUUCUGGGUCUUGGACAUUGCUGGUUAAAAAAAUGCUGCUUUAGGACGGAUGAUCUUGGAUGCAGUACGGUUCCUGAUACCUCACUCCACCUGGUAUUUCAGACGGCAUUCCAUUUUACCUCUUUUAAUCUUACAACUUUUGAAUAAGGUUGUUCGAUGAUGGUGGUGAAAAUUUUUCCUAUAUUUUGUAUAGCCAUAUGUCCCCAAUUUAUCCUGUUCAGUCUAAUAUGUUCAGUAUGUGUAACAUGCUACUUUACUAACAGUUUCAGAAAAUUUGAUCGUGGAUACAAUGAUUAGUUCUUUAGUAGAGGUGAAAAUAAAAUAAGUAACAUUUU